UCGCGUAAUUGGCGUGUGCGCGUUCCGGAGCGCGAAACGCGUAUACUACGAACCAACUGCCAACAAUGAACUAUUUAACAAGCCUAAUGAAGAUCGGGAGAGGCAAUUGCGUAAACAAUAUACGUUAAAUGAGUUCACUUGUACGUCAUCUCUGAUGCACUUCGGUCACAUUAUUGAGAUUACGCUGUAAAGCUGAAACAAUAACUUCGCUGGUCCCCGUGUGACACAGAGGCCGGCUUUGGCCCGACGUUCACUCUAUUUAUAUCCAUAAUUCUUUUCCGUGUCAGCAAAACUCGGAACUCAAACAGAACGGUCACAUCCGAACCAGUUUCUCAUUUCAAAGAAGGAAGAGGGCGAACAGCAUAAAUGGAACAAUUGCAGAGUUAAACAACAGAGACAAACGCAAGGACCUUACGGUCCAGUCCAGUAGCCAUCAGGUCCACUGUCCUGUGCUACCGUUGCAUCACGACCGCACGUGAGACAAGAACGUCCGCAUCAGUACACAAACUUCUGGAACCCAACAGUACGAUAUCUGUAAUGCGCCUGUGGCCACUGGAUGUCCUUCAAUUAAACAAGGCUCUGGUCCCACCUACCCUGCUAUUCAAUGGGCAAAAAGCUGACCACUCAGCUCUGUGUAGUGUUGAGGAUGACAUGAGAGGCAUUUACUUUUGGCCGCGGCUACUACUGCGAGCAAGCAACAGAUAUCGAAACAUCCUGCAAGCAUUUGUAUUCCUGUCUGUAGGAUUUGGAUACUGCUUCCUGCUAGGCAGUUAUGCCCUCUCAAGACACCGUGAAAUGGUCAAAUCUAGAAAUAUUAAUACCACCAAGGGCCCUAGCACACAGAAUGGUGCAAUACCAAAUACUGACACUCAAACCCAGAAAUCAAAUAUUCUCUUCAGAUCUGACCACAGUAUGGUCAUCCUACCCAUGAACAGCGACUCAGAAGACAGUGGGUAUGAUUUGGAGGACUUGGAGUCAGAACUGGAAGGCAGACGACAAAGGGUGUGGGAAGUAUGUAUGGCUCAUGGCCUCAACACGGAGGGUGAGCCAAAUGCAUGGGAAUUCUUUAUAGAUUCUACACAUGGCCUAGUUUGGUGCAACAUAUUUAAGGCAGCAAGUUCCACAUGGCUAUAUAAUUUCAAUCUACUGGGAGGCUACAAAGAACAGUAUCUACGCCGAUCAAAGAAAAACCCCCUUGUUCUGGCCAGAUCACAUUUCCCAAGGCCUACCAUAAAGCAACUUCAAGAAGCUCUUCCUGAGUCUCUCUCUUUCCUUAUUGUACGCGAACCAUUUGAACGUCUACUGUCAGCAUAUAGAAAUAAAAUUGAAGGCCUUCCACAUCGUUUCUACCGCAAAAUGGGCAGAGAAAUAGUAGAAAAAUAUCGGAAAAAGAAUUCACACGCCAAUGUUCUAAAUCCCACAUCAACAGGGCCUACAUUCUCUGAAUUUGUGAAUUAUAUAACAGACAAAGCAGGGUCAACCAAAAUGACAAAAUUUGAUGAGCACUGGGCUCCAUACUACUCGUUCUGUACACCAUGCCACAUUAACUUCACUGUCAUUGCAAAACUUGAGACUCUGACCCGUGAUCAAGAGUAUAUUAUCAGAAGAGCUGGACUUGAAAACAUACUCAUGCUACCAAGACACAAAGACAGACCUAAAAUGAUCCUAAAUAAAGCCAGAGAUGGUAAAAAUACAAAUGACUUAAUAAGAAAAUACUAUGGUCAACUAACAGAACAGCAACUGAAGAAACUGUAUGAUAUUUAUGGGAUUGAUUUUGAAAUGUUUGGAUAUAAUAUCACAAAAUAUUAUGAAAUAUUUAAGAAAGACACAUAACAGACUGAUGUGACUGCAGGCAUGUACUCAUGUACCGAGGAAGACUCCCUUGCUGAAAUACUACCUGGUACCUGAUGGCUGCAUAAUUAUUCAUAUUUUUAUAUGUUACAACAUGCAGAUAAGUAUGCACCCAGAAGACUUGAGAAUCAUGCUUUUCAAAACAUCGGGAACACCUCACCUAAAUCGCAGCAGCAUAUAAGUAACUAUCAGAGACACUAAAUUUUUAAUUAUAUGUACAUCUUGUCUAUUUUGUGCCCUUUUACGUUACUGGAACUCUGACAUACUAUGUAAAAUUCAGAAGAGCUGUAUGUAACACACCUACACAAAACUGCAAAUGGUAUGUGUAUCAAGGUGUGUUCACACUACUUCAGUGCAAUCCACAAACAUUCAUCUAUCACUGCUUCUUGCAAACCACUCACAGCAGUGCAUGGACCAUUCGGGAUUAACCUAAAAUACGUAUCAUUCCCUCAUUACCGACAAGAUUUCUCUAGGGCAAUGAUUCUAAAAUAUGUUUCAUGCAAAAGAUUAUUCUGCAUAAUAAUGUCUAGAAAAUAUCAUUUUGACCAACAAUUUACUUGUAAAAUCCUACGUGAAAACGCCUCACAAGAUGCAUUAUUUGUGAGACAUCAUAAUUUUUUAAAUCAUUACAGAUACAAACUAACAGUAGUCUGAACACUGAAAUGUGACCAACUGUACUCAAACAGGGCAACAGCUCUCAGCCCUUAGUUAAGCUUGUCACUCUGUAACAUAUGAACAGGUUAAAAUCACUUAUCACCACACUGCAAGUCUGGAAAUACGAGCACCGCUAACCACUUCACGAUUCAAGUUGUAAGUGCUAUCUGUGCCAUUCUCUUCUUACCCGUCCGUCUGCGCAUGAAUGUAUUCUACCAGAUCCCCGCACAAAUGCUCCAGGACCAAUUUAAGUAACAAGUGUACAUACAACCUCCAACCUACUGUCUGUAUCACCUUACCAUCAGACACAGCUGAUAUUCUGAAACCUACGAAUGCCAACAUUUGUACAUACAAGCUUUAAUAACUUUUUUUUUUAAUUCUCAACGUGAUAUUAUGAUGGCUCAUUCUUGAAUUUUUGACAAUCACCAUAUGUAUGUAUGUAUAUAUUUUCCAUUUCCAUGUAAGCUGUUGGUACAAUUCAGAGCUUAAUAAGUUCUGUCCCUAAACUGUGAGUGUCUGCAAAGGUGUGUGAUGUGAUUAGUAAUCACAUAAAAAAAAUACUGUUGGCAGUAUAUGUGCUCAAACUUGAAAACCGUAAUGAGUAGAAUAAGUUAAGAAAGAAUCCAGGGCUGACCACCCCCUUCAUACAAGAAAUAAGGUAUCAGAUAGAAUUCUGCUCCAAUAGAAAGCAGUGCUUAUGAAAGACAAAGCCUUCUUCCAUUGGGUCAUUCAAUUACUGCAUGGAACAAAUUAUGUUAGAAGAGAGUGUAGCUGGAUUUCUCUGAAAUGAUGUGCUUAUUUAUUAAAACUGUAAAGUAUGCCAUGCUAUAACAGAUAUCAUUUCUCAGUCUGCUUAUGUACUCAGGAGGAAGGAACAUGUCGUCUCGGGAAAAAGCAACUUGCAAUCUAUGCAGAACAAUGCAUUCUGUAUGCCCUUUAUGUUGUGACUCUUUAUAUAUGUGGCUGUUUGUAAGACAAGGCUCAAAAGACCUGAGAUUGGUUCUGGACUGCAAGGCAUAGACAACUUGGUAACAUCACUGACCCUCUUAUCACCUCAGUUCCUACAGGGGGCUUUAUGAAUGUAUUUAUAAGCAUGUUAACGAUACCCUGCACAUGGAACACAGGAACUGGCCAGCUCUGGAGUUCAGUGGGAACUGUGAUAUAUAGACAGCAACUGCCAAAUGUUAUUAGGGAGUAAUCAAAGAUAACAUUAACGAAAUAAUUAUCUUUUAAAUGGAACUUUAUAUUGUCAAUGACAGUGACAACAGGCAGUCAAUGUGGCUGGCUAAACUGAUGCUCCUGGGUACUAGAGCACAACUGUCUGUUUCAAGGGGUCUCUAAAGCACAACAAAUGAAUGCCUUUUGUAAAAUGACAAUGUCCAUUAACAAAUGUGGCAAUAUUGGAUUCAAAUAUAAAUUCUAGAAUUCUGGAAUAGGGCGAUGAAGUACACAAUCUUAUUUUAUUGCUAAGUUCUGAUGUGAACUGGUGCUGUCCAAUUGUACCCAAUUAAAACCAAUAAUAAAGUAUACUAAAGGGUGAUAUGGUGGGAUAUAACAUUCAUUACAUGGUAGAUGGCAAUUUCUGAAAGCAGAUCAAUGACCAGUGUUGGAAAUAAUAUUUAGAAUUGGCUGGCAGUAUAAGAAAUGUGAACAGCUGUGCACUUCUGGCCUCUCAAAAAGUGUAACAAACUCCAAGGCCCUGAUGGCUACAUUUCUGUAUGCAAAACAAUGACCAAUGUUGAGCUCCUGCAAACUCUAAAUGCAGCGUUUCCCAUGUUACUUUAGACUAUCUAUAUUCUGUUUAAAUGUGUUUACAUGCAAUCAUAUUUUAUAUGUAUGUACUCUGCUGAAUAUGUGCUUUAUUUUAAGAACACAAUAAAAUGACAUCGGAACCUAUUCUUCA